AUGUCAUUUUUUAAUAAUCUUAAAUGUCUUAAUCAGAGCUUCCAUUUGCUGAAGAGGCGACCCAGACCAGGCAGAGACCUCCGUCGUCCAAGGAGCGACACCACCAACCUGUUGCCGAACCGUCCCUCCGCAAUCGACGGUCAGAAGCUUGCUCAAUCGCAGACACCUGCAGCGGAUCCAGAAAGCGUGACGUCAGAGGCGGGCCGAGCAGUCAAAGCUCUUUUUCUCCUUGCUUCAAAGUAUUCUUCAUCAUCUGUUCCUAAUUCAUCUCCACUCAGUCCAUCUGAUUCAGAACUUUCUUCUUCUGGAAUCAUUUGUGCUUUCCUCAUGAAAAUUAUCAAUAAGCUGGUCCAAUUCUUGUCCACUAAGUCGACUAAUGGCAUCUAA